AUGGAAUGCCGCAAAGUGAGAGCCGUCGCUGAGGACCUAGAUGUAGCUACCAGGCCAGUGAGGUCAGCAUCUGUGAAGAGGGAGACAAAGGAGACGAAGGUGGAGGUCAGCAUCAAUCUGGAUGGCACAGGCGUGUGCAGUGCGCACUCACAAAUACCAUUUCUGGAUCACAUGCUCGACCAAUUGGCGUCGCAUGGGCUGUUCAACGUGAUGGUCGAGGCGGAGGGAGACACCUGGAUCGAUGACCACCACACCAACGAGGACAUUGCACUGGCGCUGGGGAGCGCACUGUCAAAGGCGCUGGGCGACCGCAAGGGUAUCCACCGCUUUGGAGACUUCACUGCGCCGCUCGAUGAGGCUCUUGUGCAUGUUGUGCUGGACCUGUCGGGGCGGCCGCACCUGAGCUUCGAUCUGCAGAUUCCCACGGAGCGCAUUGGCAAGUAUGAGACGCAGCUGGUGGAGCACUUCUUCCAGUCCGUGGUCAACACCAGCGGCAUGACUCUGCACAUCAGGCAGCUGGCAGGCAAGAACUCGCACCACAUUGUGGAAGCGACGUUCAAGGCUUUCGCUCGAGCGUUGAGACGGGCCACAGAGUACGACGAGAGGCGGCAGGGGCAAAUUGCAUCAUCCAAGGGCGUGCUGACUCAGCAGUGA